AUGGGGCUCAGUCAGGAUGAAAGAUGGCGGCUCUGCGAUGACAUUUACAACGUGAUGGAGCGGCCACAGAAGGAGAGGGUCAUCCAGCGAAGCGGCCCAGAGCUCCGCAUUCGUAUCGACGAGAGCAAUAUUUGUAGCUCUUUGCUGGCUGGCUGGCUUCAGAUCCGCAGCCUCGUCAUUAGUAUGCCAUUAGGCGUGAUCAUCGAUUCCUCGUUCGCUGACACGGAUUUCUGA